GCGCGGCGCCGCGACGUCGACAUGUGCCGCAUCCUCGUCGACUACGGCACCAACGUGGACGUGCAGAACACGGCGCUGCACAUCGCGUCGGCCGAGGGCGACGAGGCGCUCGUCAAGUACUUCUACAGCGUCCGCGCCUCCGCCGCCAUCAUCGACAACCAUGACCGCACGCCCAUGCAUCUGGCGGCGGAGAACGGGCACGCGACGGUCAUCGAGAUCCUCGCCGACAAGUUCAAGGCGUCCAUCUACGAGCGCACCAAGGACGGCAGCACGCUCAUGCACAUCGCGUCGCUCAACGGCCACGCCGAGUGCGCCAUGAUGCUCUUCAAGAAGGGCGUCUACCUGCACAUGCCCAACAAGGGAGGAGCUCGCAGUAUCCACACGGCCGCGCGCUACGGUCACGUGGGAAUCAUCAGCACGCUGCUGCAGAAGGGCGAGCGCGUCGACGUCACCACGCACGACAAUUACACCGCGCUGCACAUCGCCGUG